CCUUCUUUCGUUCCUUUUCUGUGAACCUACAACUUCAGUAGCAGAGAAAUGGGUUCUCUAAUGAGCGGAUGGAACUCUCCCGUUCUUGAUCCUAAAUCAGUCAAGUUCAAGAGAAAUCGGUCGCUUACGAAGGACGAAAUCGAAGCUUACUGGAAAUCGAAGAAGAAAUCUGAGGAAGAACAUCUCAGAGCGAUUUCUAUGCCGGUGGACCGUUAUAUUGAUCGCGAAACAGUCGGAAUAGACUACAAAAGAUCGAGUUCGUUUCCGCCCGCGAAGGACGUUUCGGCGGAAGCAGAAUUUGCAGAGAACGAUUUGGAGAGGGAAAACCUAGAGAAAUUGAAGAAAAUAGGCUGGUGGACAAGGAGUAAUUCGGCGUUUCUGAACGAACCGCCAGUCCUCGACGGCGCUACAAAAGGUUACGCGUCGUUGUACGGCGUCGCCGACGUGGCCUCGUGUAAGUUGAAUCACAGUAAUGGAGUCGGUAGUUAGUUACGCUGGAACUGUGUUGGAAGAAAAAAGAGAAGUUAAGAUAAGAAUAUUAAUAAUUUUAUGUAAAAUUAAUAUACUAUAAAUAUGUAUUAUAUUUAUAUACUUAUUGUAAGAUUUCUGUUCUGUUUGGUUUGUAAUUUGGGAUUUGAAACUCUAAUUUACGUUAA